AUGAGCCACUCGGACUCGAACCAGCAGCAGAGCGGGAACCCGCCACCGCCACCGCCUCUUCCGUCUUUUGCCAGCGACAGCUUCUUGGCUGCAACGGACUCGCCCCCGUACAACCGCAGCAAUGGCCGCUCGACUGGCGAUCGCUCGGACGCAAUGGACGUGAUGGCGCAACUGGCCUCGCAGUACUAUACCCCCAGUCGCAAUCGCUCGUUCUCGGCGCCGAUCCAGCCGUCGGCACUGGGGUCGGCCUGGGAUUCGUUUGCAGACGACUCGUCCGUGUCAGCAGCACCUGCUGCUGCUGUUCCUCACCUUCAGCAUCAACUGUUGACUCCGAAUCGACGACCCCAUCAGCCGCCGCUUCCGCAAGGUCCACCGCCGCCGGUGCUCCACAUUCGAGUACCCCCUCCUCCAUCUUGUGAUGAUAUGACGAUUGGAGCGAUCGAUCGAGCCGUGCAGUCGCUGCACUUGUCGAGCGACGAGGCCAAUGAAAUGAGUCAGCAGAUGUUUACGUCGAGCCCAGGCGUCACGGGCGCGCCAUUGCCGGCCACGUUCCUCCGCACGAUCUGUGACCAGUUGGAGUACUACUUCUGUGACGAGAACUUGCUCGGCGAUCUCUUUCUGCUGAAGAACAUGAACAUCGAUGGGUACGUCAAGCUGGAACUGCUGGCCUCGUUUGGUCGGGUCAAGAAGCUGACUACCGACAUGGACGAGAUCAAGAAGGCACUGGAGCUUUCGACCAAGCUAUUGCUCAACGAAGACGAGAGCAUGGUGUGUCGGAAAGAGCCCCUGGCACCGAAUCAGACAUAUCAUGGCAAACUGGCUCGCACAGCCAUUGCCUACAAUCUGCCGGAAGAUGCCUCCGUCGCUUCACUGCGUGAGACCUUUCAGGGAUGCGGCGAGAUCUCGUACUUGCGUCUGCUGAAGAAGAACACGACGACAGGUCGCAAUGCUGUGCUGAAGCCUCCCAUCGCGGCGGGUGAGACGUACGCUAUCAUCGAGUUUGUCGAUGACGAGAUGACCAAGCACGCCGUGCUGACGCUGUCGGAUCAGUACAACUGGCGCACGGGCAUGCAGGUGGUGCUCUUUGACGGCACAAAUUGUGACAAGCUGAAGCAGAAGAUGUUUCCGGUGGAACUUGGCGGUGACCGUCGUCGUGCGAAAUCGGCCUCGGCUGUCACACGUCCCGUGCACGUGGAAUCGGUUGGCGAGGGUCUGGACGACCUUCGUGAAGGCAAGGUGAACACGGGUACAGUGUAUUCGAUCCGUGGCGCAGGCGGACUCAUUACGCCCACGCGACAGGAUUCGGCCUGUAUCUCGUUCCGCCUCAUUCCCGAUGAGGACGGCAACGUGGACAUUCGGCAGGGCGACUACGUGUCGUUCACAGUGGGCAAGAACAAGAAGAGCGGUCGCAAGUAUGCGAGCAAGGUCAAGUUGGAGUUCCGCCCGCCCGCCAACUUGACGGGCGAUGCCAACAAUGGCGGUGGCUUGAGUGGCACGCCAGCAGUAAGUGGAAGCUCGUCAAGCGGCAAUGGGCAGAAGGAUUACUUUGCACCGUCGCCGAGUCGAUGGGAGUCACGCAGUCGCGCCGCGACGGUGGGCGCUCCGCCCCAGCCGGCAGCUUUCCGUGCCCGUUCGUCAUCGUCAGGCACACGGUCGAAGCUGAACCUGGCGUCGCCGCGGAUGGCGCAGUCACCCGUGCACGGCAACAACGUUGGAGGUAACGUAUCGGUCCCGCCUCCUCCUGGCAUGGGGCUGAAUGGUAGCACCCAGCUGUACCGCCAGGCUAUCGGACCGGAUGGAACGCGGGGCUUUGGCUUUCGUCUGACCGGUGGGGAGCCACCAGAGAUGGCACCGGAAUUCAAGUUUCCGGUCACGGGGCGUCGGAGGUCGCGCUCAUCGGGAGGUGCCUGGUAG